AUGGAUCCUUCUAAGAAGAAACCGUCUUUGCCUCGCUUGACAACCAACAUCCCACUAUUACAGAAAUCGCCUAAUGCAUCAUGCAAUGCUUUGCCAAAGAAUCUCCCAGAUACCAACGCGCCUCCGAUUAUCCUUCCCGGGAGGCCGUCGAGAACUUCAUCGAUGUUUAAGGAGGACAAACACGACGAGGAGAACAUCGUGCCCGUGACACGUUUUGCGUCAGAGAGCAUCUAUGUUUCCCAGAAAAGUGUGGACGAUUCGCCAUUAACAAAAGCGAAGAAGUUGUACUACGAGGAUGAAUUUACCACCCGUGGAUCGCACAACUCCCCAAAGGACCGCGUCACUCAUGAAUCUGUUGUUGUUGUUGAGCUCAGGACCAACACCAAGGCGAAAGAUGAUACACGCAAGUUACUGUCGAAUUUCGCCCAUUUCUUUGCCCAGGUCUACCAGCGACCGGAGACAUCGAUGUUAGUCACCAUUGAUCAGAACGUUGACUUAAUUUUCGGGAAUACCUCCGGCUCGGCAUAUCUGUUGAAGAUUACUGCUCUCCCAAGUUUGUUUGGACCACUCACCAACGUCCGCAGUACGACCCUAAUCCAAUCAAUCAUUCAAGAAAUGUUUGGCAUUGCACCUGACAAAGGAGUCGUGAUCUAUACCCCAGUGAGCGAAGACAAUCUUGCAACCAACGGGACGACCGCUAAGAGUGAGAUCGACCGCCUCGAACGAAUGGAUUCCAGCAAUAGCCCUUCAAUCUUCAAAUCUAUCUCGCGAUCCAUGAGUCGUCGCAUGAAAUCAAGCAGCGGCAACAGUGCUCCGAUUUCCCUCACCUCGGUCAUGAGUCCUGAUGUCAUAACCCCUACUUCAACUUCUCCCGUCGCUUCAGGUCAUAACGCUCCGCCGAGGCCACAGCAUGCGGAGAACAAAAAGCCGACAGAGUCACCAAAGGGCGAACCAAUGCAGCAGGGUUUAUCCAGAGACGAAAAGCCCGAACGAACUUUAAAGAAGAGAGAGAGCUUGAAGAGUUUUGUUAACCGUCGUCUGGGCGAGUUGGGCGAGCUGACUACAAUGAAACCGUUCGCGGCCACAAAAGGAAAGAAAGAUUGA